GCAUCGGAACCCGGAAGUGCGGGCGCCGAGAGGAGAGCGGCCCGGCGGCCCCGCGAUGGCUCAGGAGCCGGGCUUGGGGUCUCCCGCCCCUCCGGGUUCUCAGACGCUUCUGGACGCUCUGCUCCGGAACCUCUACGACUUCGGAGAGACAGAAGAUGAGGCAGAACAGAGAAGGAUCAGAAAGAAGAGAGAAAACAAGAAGAGAGAUGUAGGGACUUCAGGGGCCUUGGUGGCAGACCCGGCUCCCCUACCCGGGUCUCUUGUGAGAAGCCAAAGGAAGACGGCCUCCAGCUUCUUCAGGGAACUCAGGGAAGAGCUGCGGGGUCCUCCUGCCGUGACCCCCACCAGCUCUGCCUCAGGACCAGAUGUCCCCAGUGCUGCGGCCUCUCCCUCAACUCCGAAGAACAGCAGGGACCAAGUACAAGUGAUAGAAUUUCACAGCAGAAGUAAAAAAAGGAAAGAGCAGCCAGAUCCAAAUGAGAACACACAGACGAAAACUAAUAUCCUUGAAAAAGAUGUGGAGAGACAAGAAUUUAACUUAGAGAAGGCUCGCUUGGAAGUGCACCGGUUCGGGAUCAGGGGUUACGGAAAAGGAAAGGAAAGAGUCCUGGAGCAGGAACGUGCCAUAAUGCUGGGCGCUAAGCCUCCCAAAAAUAGUUACGUGAAUUACAAGGUCCUGCAGGAGCAAAUCAAAGAAAAAAAGGUGGCAAAAGAAGAAGAAAAGAGAAUGGCCCAGGACACAGAUAUUUUCAAGAAAAAGAAGAGGAAAGGGCAGGAAGACAGGAAAACCAAAAAGAAGAAAUCAGCUCCCAGCAUUUUGUCAAGUGGACGGAUUGGGCAGGUUGGAAAAUUCAAAAAUGGGACACUGAUUCUGAGCCAGGUUGACAUCAAGAAAAUAAACUCCUCCCGGGUGGCUAAGUGAAGUACUCCAUGAUGGAGAGAGAGGAACGUUGUACUGGAACGUGACCCCUGCGAGACUUCCAGAUUAUUCUUAUUUAUUUCAUAUUUUAUAGACUGCUUUUCUAUCUUAGGGGAAAAAAACGUCAAACAGAAAUAAUGAAAUUCGCAGACGUGAGGUGCGUGUUUUGUGGUGAUGGGUGCGCGGCGGGCAGGGCUGAUUGCACUGUGCCUAUCAAGCCAGCCUGUUGAAAAGGAUGUCUGAUUUUCUCCAGCGAGAUUGACGCUAGAUUUGCUUUCACUGGGGUUUUGUACCUCUGCACUGUGAUGACUUUUCAUAAACGUAAUGAUUUACUGAUUUGUAAAUGCUAAUAAUUAGCAUUAAAUUGCCUUUUUAAAUUUCCUAAAACUGGUUUCCUGUCACUGUGUCAUGAAAGAACCAUGUGUGAUCAUUGUCAGUUGUUUUUGUGGGAAAAGCGGUUCUGAUUUUUAGCCUCUACCAUGUGUAUGAAAUCUUGGUUAGACGGUGUGUGGAUAGAACAUGGCUUUUGUGGUGUAUGUGACUGUGACAUCACACGGCAGCGAUUGUGACCGUACCUGGGUGUCAGCCAAUGUCCUCUCCUUCAGAAUAAUCACUGCGGGCGGCUAACCAUGUUUUUAAAAUUAUAUUGCACUCACUGAAAGUGUCUGGAACUUCUCAAAGCUUGUGACACAUUAAAAAAACUCUUCAAUGAUAGUAA